CAUAACCUUAACAUAACUUACAACUAAACAUAACGAAAACCAUAAACAAAACCGUUAACAUAAAGCGAAUUUUCCUGUGUUUAAAUAUACUAGUUAUCAAAUUUAUACUUUUAUAGAAGAAAGCGACAUCUUUGCUAAACAUUUGAAAAUCGUUUAAGCAAGUAAUUUGACAUAUUGAAUAAUUUUACACGAAAAAAGCAACAAAAAAUUACUUUUAAAAUUGAGCUGUCCAAAGUUCUAUGACAAUUAAUAUUACAUUUAAGAAAUUAAAAAUUUAAUUUUGUAAACUACAUUUAGAAAAUUAUAUGAUAAUUAAUAUUACAACCAAUUGCUUGCCAAUAGCUUGCGAAAGUAAAUGUUCGGUUAAACGACAAGGGUUUUCGUUAAAGUUGCUGUCUCAUGAUCCAAUACUUUAUUGGCAGUGGCAAUUUUAAAUGUCUCUAAGAAAAUACCUGUAAUGACUUUUUUAGACACUCUUUUGAAAUUUAUAGCACGUAUAUUAUAUCAAUUCAGUGUUGGCAAAACUAUUGCCAAUUGGACUAAUGUUGUAUUAAAUUUCAAAAAACAAUCAAGAUUAUUUUAAGACUCACAUUUUAGAAAUUCACUGCAACUACGUUUUCCCUACAGAUUCUCUACAACUGCCUUUGAAUUACUAUUAUUUUAAAAUUUAGCAUAAAACGGCGUUGUGUGUUUUCAAAUCUAGCAUAAUUCAUUAACUUGUAAAAAUAUGCAGUCAACACUAGAUAUGAAAUAAUUUAUUGAAUUCGUUUUGACAUAACCUUACAAACUCAAUUUUGUCAACUUGCUAGUUCUAAUGUCAUAAUUAAAAAUUGUGAGUUAAACAAACUGAAUUGGUGCCAAAUAAAUAAUAUAAAAGCUAUCUGAAAUUUAAUAAUUAAGAAAUAUUUAAUUUAAAAAAAUACAAACGAAAAUUAAUCAUAGAGGCGGAUUCACACAGAGUGAAACUAAAAUGACUGCAUCACCCUCAGAUGAUAAAACAUGUAGGAUGUGUGGGCACGCAGACAGAUCUAAUUUAAAUUUAUUUCAUCCAAGACAAAUAUAUAAAAAAAUUUUGGCUUUGUAUCCAAUCGUGCUAUAUAAAUCGGAUCCCCUUCCAAAAAAUAUUUGUUUAAAAUGCUAUGCAAGUACUUUGAAGAGGUAUGAAGAGUAUGUAAGAGUUGGUAAAAUUCAAACCAGAUGGAUUAACAAUGUAAGGAAUAAUCAACCCAACAAUCCUUACAUCAAAAUUUUAGAUAAAAUUGAGGUAGGUACUAUUGUCUUAAUACAUGCAUAUAAAUAUCGAUAUACUUUCUUAUUUAAGGAAACAAACAAAAACUUAAUAGAACAGUUAAGAAAACUUGGAGAUGAUGCUGUAGAUGAAUCCUUUUCCAUAACAAAACAUAGCCGUAAUCAGUUUCCAGAAGAUAUAUUCAAUUCCACAUCAUCAUUUAACUAUAACAAUCAAUCACAUCCAUUUAAUAGAGAUAACCGAAUGCAAAAAUUUAACAAUCAGGCGAAUAGAAUUUUAUUAAGCCAUUUAAGAGGCGAAAAUCAAAACAAAAAUUUAAACUUCAAAUCUCAAAAUGGAUUUCCUCACGAACCCAAUAUUUCAAACAUACAAAAUUUUCCGAGAAAUAAAUGUCGUUAUUGCUUUAAAGUUUUGCCUAAUCAAAAAUAUUUAGCAUUUCAUCAAUUGAAGUAUCAUAUUGGUUUAGCAGUAUUUAAAAGUUUUACAAAAAAAGCUCUACCUAAGAAAUUAAGGUGUGGUCAAGCUAUUAAAAUAAACAAUAAAGCAUGUUUAAGGUGCAAUAACUGCGGAAAAUGUUUCGACAGUUAUGAUUCUAUUUUAAACCACUGGCAAAAUAAAAGAUGUGAGUUUUAUUGCCUCAUAUGUGGAAAAGAAUAUCCAAAUGAUCCUAGUCCAUUAAAAAAGCAUAUAAAAUUGGAGCAUUUUCUAGAAUACACUUCCUACAAGGAUCUUAUUAGAAAAAGUCGAAAAUUAAAUCAAAUAAAAAAGCAACCUCUUUCGCCUUCAUUAUCUCAAUACAAUGAAAUAGACGAAGAGGCAAGUAAAUUAAAUGAACCAAAUGAACGCGAUAAUGAAGAAAAUCCUUUAGAAUUAGAUUUUGAAAAGGAAUCAUCAUUUGAGUUCAUAAACGUUGCAGAAAAGCCGAAAAUUCCAGUUUUAAAAUUAUUGCGAAAAACUAAUUCAGAAAAAAAUGAAUUCGACAUUAAAGUUGAAAAUAUGUAUAGAUCUCCAUCAUACCCAAGAUCACCGGAUUCACCCUCCAGUAAUGGUUUAAAUGACAGUAUAGGAAAACCUUUUACUCUAAGAGUAAAAGACUUAAGUGAACUUCAAUGUAAACCUAAAGAAGAAGAAGAAGAUGAAGAAUAUAUAAGUUUGAAUGAUUUCAAAUUAAACACGUUAAAUUUAGAUAGUGAAGACCCUUGUAGUACUAAAGAAAAUUUUCUAGAAGAAUGUCAAGAUAUUUAAAAAAAAACAUAUUAAUUGAAACAUGCAAUAUUUUUGUAUAGCAAAUAAUAAGUGUAAAUCUUAAGCUCUAACUGAAAGUAUUAAAUGUUAAUUUCGUAGCCUAAAUUUAGUCGCUAUAAUUAUAACAUUCUAUAAUUAUAUAUAUUUUAGUUUUAUAAAUAUAGUUUUUAUAAUAAUUUAUUUAAAUUUUAAUUUCAUUAAUAAAUACAAUGUCAAAAUAAAUAAAUAAGCACAUUUUUAAUUGCAAAUUAAUAAAAAGAAAUUAAUGCAUAAU